UACAGAUGAAGUGAUUGUCGAAAAACCUCGAGUCACCAAUAUCACAUUUAUAUCACUGUUGUGAACUGUUUUACCUACGGUGAAAUGUCGUCUGCUAUAUUGAGAAAUAUGUUUUAGCUCUUACGAAAAAUUUUGUGUUUAUAAUCGUUCAAAAUGUUUUAAUGAGAAUUCUAUAUUUGAUGGUCUUUUACAGUUACAUAUUCUAGAAUAAAACUUGUUCGUCUUGGCUAAUAAGAUUAAACAGUCUUAUCAUGAUUUUGAAGAAAUGUACUUCAAGACUUUAUUUAUUGCCACGCAGGUUAAAUACAAUUCUUUUGGAAAGAGGAAUAUCAAAUGGUCAUGCAGGUCAAACACCUGUAAAGUUAGCUUAUACGUCGUAUGAAUCGACAAAAGAAAUGAAAGAAUCAUCUCCAAAGUCGCCAAUUUUAAUAAUGCAUGGACUAUUUGGAUCCAAAAGUAAUUGGAACAGUUUAUCAAAGAGUAUACAUCAACAAACAAAUAGAAAGGUUAUUGCGAUAGAUGCUAGAAAUCAUGGGGAUUCACCACACGCUUCCCAAAUGUCGUAUUAUCAUAUGACCGAAGAUAUUGCGCUACUUUUGCGAGAUCUAGAAAUAAAGAAAGUUAUUUUGGUAGGUCAUAGCAUGGGUGGAGGAGCAGUUAUGUAUACCGCACUUAAUUAUCCAGAAAUAGUGGAAAAGAUCAUUGUGGUUGACUUUAGCCCUAUUAAAACUAGUCCUAGCCUCGUUGCCAUGAUCAAGUUAUUUGAGGCAAUGCAUGCGGUAUCUCUUGAUGGCAUAUUAUCAUUGUCGAAGGCUCGAAAAUUAGCCGAUAAACAAUUAUCAAUUUCCAUAAAAUCAAAUCCCAUUCGCCAGUUCUUGCUGACCAAUCUUGUAGAAGCAGAACCGGGAAAGUAUAAAUGGCGCCUAAAUCUUAAGGUUUUAGAAGACAAUUUUCCCACAAGAAUAGCAGUAUUUCCACUUGAAAAGAAUAAAGCAUAUAAUGGGCCAACGCUAUUUAUUGGAGGAAGUGAAAGCGAUUAUCUGAAAGAGUCGGAUCAUUCGCUUAUAAAAACUAUAUUUCCCUUUGCUAAAUUUCAAUACAUAACUGGUGCUGGACACUGGGUACACGCAGACAAGCCAUCUGAAUUUCUUAAAUGCUUAACUACUUUUAUUACCGAUUAAAAGUUAUAAGAUAAAUAUAAUAUAAAUGGAAACGCUCCAAUGUGUUCAUUAGUAUUAGGAUAAAUCGAAAAUUCAUUUUGAACGACUUUUCUAUACUU